GAUGCCAAUAAUACUCGAUCCGUCCGAGAGCAUCGUCACGUGCUUCCGGCUGCUGUGGAGGUCACGUGUAUCCGGUUACUGCGGAGCUCCACCACGGUGGCCGCAGCCAGACGGAAGCUGCUGCUGUCACCAAACAGGAAAAAUAAACCUGCCUAAAAGAGAGCGUUUAUUUACAAUUUGAGCGGAUAAAUGGUUUUUUGAUUGCGCUGGUUUUUCACAAUCGUGCACAGUUAGACAUGUCUUCGAGCCACGCAAAAGACCCGAGCUUUUUGGGUGGAAGAAUCCCACCAGAAAUCGAGUCAAUGUCGAGAAACCUGAAGGAUGUCGACCAUGAGCUGUUCCGAAAAUUACUGAAAGCUGUGGUCAGCGCUCUGGAGGGGAAAGACUGCAGGGAGGUCAUGAGGUCGGUGGCAGAAGGCAGUGUCAUCCCGCAGGAGCGGCUCAGUCACAUCAUAGCAGGGAUGCACAGAUUGCUCUCGGAAGCCAUCCGCAUCCCACCAUCGUCACUAAAACAGGAGGCCUUUAAGGACGAUCUACGAAUGCUGAAAAUGCCCGAGGACUUCAUCACAGAUUUCUCCAGCGUGGUUUUUGGAAGUCGUCGAGCAGCCUUGGAAGCAGCUUCCUCUCAGAAGGAUCCUCACCUCCCCACACUGGAAGAGUUCAAAUGGAGAGUGGACGUUUCCAUUUCUACAAGCUCUUUAUCCAGAGCCCUGCAGCCAUCUGUUCUGACCCAGAUGAAACUAUCAGAUGGGACGUUUCACCGCUUCGAGGUUCAGGUGUCCAAGUUCCAGGAGCUCCGUUACAACGUGGCUUUGAUUCUUAAGGAGAUGAACGAUCUGGAGAAGCGAAGCAUCCUAAAGAUCCAAGACUGAUGGACUUCGGGUCCUUCUUGAGUUCUGCUGAAGUUCUGUACAUGCGUUGCUGUAAAGAUGACCAUACAUGGUCUUGAUGUGGAGGAGUUGGCAUCCAACAUGCUGUACUUGUUUAUGGAGUUCUGAUGGAUGGCUUCCUGUAUUACAGCCGAUAUCACACACAAUGUCCGCCUUUUUGUUUGUUUUCAUCAACAGUUUAAAUGAGAGAUUUAUGAUGAUGUUGUGCCAAGAUACCGAGUCCCAAUAAACCCUUUUGUUCCUGAGUGAAUGACUAGAACAGGCAAAGCUUUACUUUGUGUAAACUGCUUUAACGCACCUUCACAAACUCACUAAUAAAGCUCACCACCACC